AUGCCGUCUGAAGCGCCCUACCAAGAUCAUACAUCACCGGGAACAGCUCAACAGGAGCACAGGUUGCUGCUACCGCCACGUGACGAGGGGCACCCAAUAGACUCUAAACGUGAAGAGAACCUGGAGGAAUGCCUUCAAGCGCCGGAGAAGAGUGGAGCUUGCGAGCCACAGCCACCGCCGCCACCACAACAAACUAUCGUCUUUCGUGCGGUCUCGACAGCAGUGCCGCAAACGGAGCAAAUUCGACGCCGAUCUUGCGACCUGAAGCGGCUCAACUCCUGUAGAUCUUCAAGAAGCCUCAUCCUGCGAGAUCAAAAGAAAAAGAGGUUGCAUGCGACGUCGUCGGCGCACGGUCUACCACGUCGCCACCUUCCCGUUCACCAUGAUCAUUUCGAUAGAGUCAGCAAUCAUCGUUCGUCAAAGGGUAACGAGAAUCCUUGUCAUCUACACGCAGAACGCUCGACGAAGGCGUCUCGUCAGAGCCAUCCGCUGCCGGUGGGGACGUCGCCGUCCAACGCGGCAACGAGUGGUUCGCAGAAGCGCAACUGUGUGGAGACUGCUUCAGAUCGGCCAGUCACUAGACCGGACCGGACCAGUGUGAUCACUUACCGGUUCGACGCCGAUUCGGCUGAGGAGAAGCUUCCCGGUAGUGGGUCGGCGAAGGAUGUCCGCUCAAAGAUUGCACCACUUACAGUACCAGUUAAAUCAAAAGAACUGCAGUGGAGUAACCGGCAGCCCGGACCAGUAGAUGUGAUGCAAUCACCAGUUCCGGGCAUCAAAAGGUGCGUGACACCGGAUGAGACGGCGCACAAGUUUGAGGCAAACACAAAGAUGGAGCCACGAGAGCAAGUUCGACUGGAGAAGCAGCGGAGCCACCACAGCAAUCGGGGUCAGCGGACGCCCGGUGUCAUGCGUCGCAAUCAACCGAGUCAUACGUGGACGAAAGUAGAUCAGCAACAGCAGCAGCUAACUCUGCGAUCUACCCGCCACGCCGAGAAAGUUCAUAAGAUGAAGAGAAGUGGUGAGGCUGAGUUGGGCGUCUCACAUCGAAGGAAGCUGCCGCCCAGAAGAGCAUCAAGCCGAAGGACCUGCAGGCAGUCGAGCGACCACUCACCUAGUAGCACGUCUCGAUCGUCUGCCUCGGCCAAGAGUUCUGAGUCGAGCAGCGAAACCGGCAGGGUAGCGAGUCGCGAGGGUUCGACGGUGUCUAGUCGAACGGUCCCGGGCCGCAGCAGAAGACCCAUCAAACACAGUGCGCCAGUCACCGACAAGCAUCCACAUCACCGAGCGCUGAGCCGCCACCACCAACCGGCGGUCUCAACCACGGCGGCGGUGGGAACAACCAGAUCGAGCCACCCGAAGGAGACAAAGACACAAGAGGGACGGCUCAGGAGGAUCAGGAACAAACUCUCCAUCAUCUUCCACCACCACCAUCACCACCAUCUCAACCAAGGCAAGGUGAGCGGAGACGACUCGAGCGAGGACGGCGACGGCGUGGAGCGCCGCCACAGGUCCUCCCGGGAGCACCUCUGGAACAUCAUCCGCCGCACGAGCCAAGCCGACCAGGUGGGACGGACGGGGAGGAGGGCGCCAACACAGCGUCAGCAUGGUCACCUGUACGCCUUCCUGGAAGGGGUGAUCCGGCAGGUGUUAAUAUUGGCGCGGAGGAAACGGAAGGCGGUCCUGCCCAACAAGCCAGUCCGGGCAGGGAAGGCGAAGAGAGUACGCUGGUGGCAACGGUUGAGACGGCGAGGGAGAAGGGCGAGACUGGCCAUGCCACGUCUCAGACUGGGUUUCGGCAGGGCCACCCGCAAAACCUGA